AUGCGUAUGCGUAUCAGUCCUGUGUUCGCGUAUGUAGUAGGGCGAUGGUUAGCUGGCACGGCUGCGGGGAAACACCUGAGUGAUGACACCGCGACUGUGUCAAAUAGUACCCUUAUCAAUGUCGCGACAACAUUAACAAGCUAUACUAGUUUCCUAGAAAGAUUAUCGGUUAUUUCCAUCUUAAAUGGUAUAGCCACUAUUUUUGCUAUUGAGCAGACUCAGACCUUGCGAGUAAGAANAAGUUCGUUGCUGUCUUACUUUAGCUCAGACCCUGCGAGUAAGAAGAAACGGUUAGAAGAUGAACCAUUUGAUGGAGUUGCUUUGGAACAUCAACCAGAAGUAGAAGAUGUAUUAGGCUUAUCAGUCGCUCUCUCAACCACAACUUCUAAGGGUAAUUCUCCUUCAAAUGAAAUACAGAGGCUCAGGUCUUCCUCCAGUACAACUGACCAAUUAAUAAUUGGUCCAAUUAAUAAACGAGAUCCUACUCAUGGACCAGGUAUGACCAAGACAUAUUUUAAGGCAGGUUCAUUUCAACCACAGGAUUUAAAUUUCCCUCAAGUGGACGGUAGGAAAUUUAGGCCAGAGUGGUAUAAAAUAUUUUCUUGGCUGGAAUACAGUAUUUUAACAGAUAAAGCGUUCUGUUUUGUCUGCCGUUUGUUUUACAACUCUGAAGAAAAUAAUGCAGAAGAUGUAUUUACCCUCACUGGAUUUUCCAAAUGGAAGAAAGCUGUAAACGCGUUUAAGAAACACGAGAAUAGCAGCUCACAUAGAAUUAGUAACAUUAAACUCAAUUCUCUAAAAGAAGCAGACAAAAGUGGCACUGUUAUAGAAAAAUAUACCUCACCGACUUUCCAGAAUGAGCUAUUGUCAAUUAUUGUGGAACAAAUUAAAAUGCACAUUGCCAAAGAAGUUAAAGAGGCAAAGAUUUUUGCCAUUAUAGCAGAUGAGACUCAAAACAUAGCAAAACACGAACAAGUAGCUAUUGUCUUAAGGUAUGUUAAUGACAAGUUAGAAAUUCAUGAGUCAUUUGUAGGAUUUUACCGUACUAAAAGAGCUGACGGCGUUUCACUGGCCAAUGAACUGAAGAAUGUUUUGAUUUCGCUGGACUUGAACCUAAAAUACCUACGUGCUCAGUGCUAUGAUGGCGCCUCAAACAUGAGAGGCCCAUAUAAAGGAGUGGCAGCUAUAAUUAUGCAAGAAGCUCCAAUGGCAAUUCUUUAUAACUUCAUUGCGAAAUCAACUAAACGACAUGCUGUUUUUGAAGAAAUUCAAAAAACUUUUCAAAGCCAUGAUGGUGGAACAGUAACAUUAAAAUCUUUAAGUGACACUCGAUGGGCUUGUCGUGUCGAAGCCGUACGCUCUCUACUAGAUAAUUUUGAUGCCACUCUUGCAACUUUACGGGAGAUUUACGAAAAAGACAAUGAUAGUGGUGGACAAGCCAAUGCGUUAUUGAAAAAUAUUGAGGACUUUAACUUUGUAUUUGAUCUUUUAUUGCUCAAAAGAGUUCUAUCCCAAUGUGAUGUACUGUCAAAAACACUUCAGUCAAGUAGUGUGACUUAUGAAAUUGUGAAAUCUGUAAAAAACAGCACUCUUGAUGUAUUAAAAUCCUUCAGAACACAUGAAUUUUUCACAAAGUUGUUUGAUCACUGCACAGACAUCACUGACAAGUGCGGGUUUAAAACCGCCCAACUGCCAAGAAAUAGCCGAAUUCCACUAAAAAUUGGUGGAGGAAGUAAAACCCCAUUUGAAUCUGUAGAGCAGUACUACAAAGUAUCAAUCCUUUGGCCAGUUAUUGAUAUCCUAAUCGAGGAGAUAGAGGCUAGACUUCAAGAAAACAUCCUAGAUGUACUUAACCACUUAAGUGGAGUUCUAGGUGGAACCGAUGUAGACACAGACUUUGUGCAAUAUGUGUCUAAAUAUUAUAAUUUAGACAACGAACUUCUUCUAUCUGAACUUAGAUGUUUCCUUAAAAUGGAAGAAUCAAGAAACAUAUCAAUUCAAGAAAGAGCUGACGUUUUUGUUCAUAAAUCUUUGAAAAAUGUGUUUCCUAUGCUUUUUGAACUUUUUCGUUUGUUUUUCACGAUUCCAAUGAACUCGGCUUCAUGUGAAAGGUCUUUUUCAUGCUUGCGUCGAUUGAAAACAUACACCAGAAGUACAGUUGGACAGGAUAGAUUAUCAUCUUUGGCUCUUUUAGCCAUCGAAAGGAAUGUAAAAGUAAACAUUUCUAAAGUUAUUGAUGAUUUUGAUUUAAACCGAAAUAGAAGACUUCAUUUUGUAUGA